AUGCCCCACCUAAACCGAGGCGUGGACGUGGCCGUGUGCAACCCUGGGCGGCUCAUCGACCUGGUGAGGAAGAAGGCUACCAACCUGCGCCGGGUCACCUUCCUCGCGAUGGAUGAGGCGGACCGCAUGGUGAGCCACGGCUUCGAGCCACAGGUCCGCUCCGUCCUGUCGGCCGUGAGGCCCGCCAGGCAGACGCUGCUGUUCUCGGCCACCAUGCCGGCGAGGGCGGCGCGCGUCGCCGCCGAGCUUCUGCGGCGACCAGUGUGGGUCACCUCGGGCGGGGCCGGGCAGACCCCAUCGAACGUGCAGGAGAGGGUGGUCGUCGUCGAGGACGAGGAGGCGAAAUGGCGCUGGCUCGCGGGGGAGCUCCCCAGGCUCGCGUCCACGGGGCAGGUGCUGGUCUUCGCGGGAACCCGGGCCGCCGCGGAGCGGCUCGCGACGAGCCUCGCGGCGGCCGCCGCGGGGGCCGUGGCCGUCCUGCACGGCGACCUGCCGCAGGCCGCCCGGGACGGCGAGCUGGGCCGCCUGCGGCGCGGGGAGGUCGCCGUGCUCGUGGCCACCGACGUGGCCGGCCGAGGCCUGGACGUGCCGGCGGUGCGCACCGUCAUCUCGUACGACGUGGCCCAGGACCGGGAGCGCCACCUCCACCGCGUGGGCCGGACUGGGCGUGCCGACGCUGCUCAGGGCGCGGCGUACGCCCUGGUGGAGCGCGGCAACGCCGCGGGCGCCAGCAUGCUGUGCAGGCACCUCAGGCUCUGCGGAGUUCCGGCGCCGCCGCAGCUGCUGCGGGCCGCGCGGGGGCGCGAAGCGGAGAGUGCAGGCGCGCCCUUUGAAGGCCCAGAAGCCAAGCGCCCGCGCGCGCAGCCGCCGGGGUGA